ACUUUGCUUGGGUUAUUUUAUGGAGAGUUGCUGAUGGUUGGAGAGCCCAAUGGUGGUGGGGACCAAUAUGGAAAGAUUCCGAGAGCACAGAGCCAAGCUUGAUGACAACAAAACUUGUGUCAAUCAUGCAUUCAUCCAUCGGGAUUCACUUGAGAUCCUUUGGGGAGAAUCAGGGCAUGGAAGGGGAGGUCAGGGCCUGUGUGCAAGGUGAUCUGGGGUUUGUGGCAGGGAAGAGGAGGAGUUCAUGGUGAGCCCUUCUUCUUGAACCACAUCAACCGGGCUUCCGAGCAGAAAGCCCCCCUCUUGGAUUUAUCUGAACGGGAAAAGGUGCGUCUUUUUCUUCUCUUGGGGGGAUGUGUGGCUCAGAGGGGAAAGGAAACCCCUUGUUGGAAUAAGUCCCCUAAAGAUUAGCUUUUGCUCCACCAGCUGCUCUCUUUUCUCCAAGGUGUGCUUGCAUCUGUAGUUAGUGGUUCUUAUUCUUUCCUUGGAUUCUUGCGUUGAGCUUGAAGGAAUUGAUAUCUGCUUUUCCACAACGAGAAUCUCUUGUUGUGCCUGCAAUCUUGACCAGCACAGUGAGUGAAAUGCUCGUCGUUCAUGUGCCAGAUUGCAGUUAGGAAGUCAUUGAGUGUUGAUUGUUUCUGCUUGGCUGGAAUUUCUGGUAUCUCUUGAUGACGAUGAUGAUGAUGCAGUUCUUGGGGUAUGGUUUUAGUAGGUUCAUGUGGUGAGAGAUUUCAGUGAUGGAAGCUGUUCCUCAGCCUGAUAAUUCGCGUCUGGUUGGUAUCGAAGAGAUCUCGGUGAUGGAAGCUGUUCCUCAGGCUGAUACUUCGCUGGGGCGCAAUCUCGCAGAUGGUGCUGCUGAUUUGGAUUUGCUGGAUCAGCUGCUCUCAGGAGAUGGCUGGAUGGAAUUUCCUGAUUGCCCUGAUGCCUUGCAAGCUGGUACUCCUGACUCCAUGAGCCCCUUCAAUUCUUUGAGCUUUUCGCCUCUCUUUGAGGUCAGCAAUAGUAGUCCCAAUCCAGAUCGACUGGAUGGUUGUAACCAAGAUGAUAUAGGAAGGUCAGUUGUAUCUACAUGUCCUCCUCCGGAUGAAACCCGGGCUGAAAACAUCGACAAAAAGCAAUCCCUCAAUCCAAGUUCUGUUAGACGGAUCAUGCUUUCAGUCGACUCUGGUGAUCUAUGUUCAACAAGCCCGAGCUCUGCACCAGGAACAAGCUGGUGGAUUCAACCAAGGGAGUCUAAUUUUUCUGUAAAAGAGAAAUUCAUGCAGGCACUUAAUUACAUCAAGGAGAAUCAAAGGGAAGGUGAUGCCCUAGUUCAGUUAUGGGUGCCUGUUAAGAGAGGAGACCAAUUGAUUCUUACAACCUACAGUCAACCUUUCUUACUAAACCGAAAAUGUGAGAAACUCGUGAAUUAUCGAGAGGUCUCCGUAAACUACCAGUUCUCAACUGAGGAGAACUCUGGCAAGGCAUUAGGCUUGCCUGGCCGGGUGUUUCUAGGAGGAUUGCCGGAAUGGACGCCGGAUGUUCGGUUAUUUAGCAGCUAUGAGUAUCCACGUGUAGAUUAUGCCCAGCGGCUUGAUAUUCGUGGCAGUAUAGCACUUCCUGUUUUUGAUCAGGGUAAUCGAUCUUGCUUGGGUGUUGUGGAGGUUGUCAUGACGACACAAAAGAUAAAUUACACUUAUGAACUCCAGAAUAUUUGCAGUGCUCUUCAGGCAGUUGAUCUUAGGAGCUCGGAAGUUGCGAGUGUUCCACGCUUUAAGGUAAGUAGUGGUUCAUACCAAGCUGCUUUACCUGAGAUUCUAGAGGUUCUAAAAGCUGUUUGCAGGAUGCACAUGUUACCAUUAGCUCAAACUUGGAUUCCGUGCAUUCAACAAGGUAAAAAGGGCAUCCGCCAUUCCGAUGAAAACUAUGGGUAUUGUGUCUCCACUUGUGAUGAUGUUUGUUGUGUGAAUGACCCUUCUAUGACCGGAUUUCAUGAGGCCUGUUCUGAGCAUCACUUGCUAAGGGGACAAGGUGUAGCUGGUAGAGCUUUCACUACCAAUCAACCAUGCUUUGUGUCAGAUGUUACUGCUUCCAGUAAGACAGAGUAUCCACUUUCUCACUAUGCCAAGAUGUUUGGUUUAAGAGGUGCAGUUGCAAUACGCCUGCGAAGUAUUCUAACUGGAAAUGCUGACUUUGUAUUGGAAUUCUUUCUACCUGCUAAUUGCAUACUGAUCGAAGAGCAGAAACGGAUGCUAAAUUCAUUGUCAGGCACUAUACAACAAGUUUGCCAAACUUUACGGGUUGUCACAUCUAAGGAGCUGGCAGAUGAGGCUAUGUUACUAGUGAGUGAAACAAUUCCUAAUUUUUGGUUGGCAAAAUCUUCUUCUGAAGCAGAACCAGGACAAAAAUGUGACACUGACACUUCACUGGAAGCUCAUAAGACGGGAGUGUAUGAGAAUACACCACCUUGGUUCACAAGUGCAAUGGGAGACUCAAAUAAGAAAAUAAGCCAUGUUUUUGAAUUUAAGAAGCAUGGAGUUGAACGAUUUAGUAUUACGACUGACAGAGAUCACACUGAGGUGGUAUUGCCUGCAGAAAAGAUAUCCUCAAAGCUUAGGCAGCAUGAACAAGGCUUUGCAAAAGAUAUAAGUGAUAAUGAGAAUUCUUUCAAUUUUGAUAGUAGCUGUUCUGAGGCUACAAGAACAACAGAAAAGAGGCGCAGAAAAACAGAGAAGACUGUCAGUUUGGAAGUUCUUCGUAAAUAUUUUGCUGGUAGCUUGAAAGAUGCUGCAAAGGGCAUUGGUGUGUGCCCUACUACUCUGAAAAGAAUAUGUAGGCAGCACGGGAUAACUCGCUGGCCUUCACGAAAGAUAAAAAAAGUGGACCACUCCUUGAGGAAACUGCAAGUGGUUAUUGAUUCAGUUCAUGGUGCAGAUAAAGCCAUUCAACUCAGUUCCCUUUAUAAGGAUUUCACAACAGCACCUGUCUCAGAUAAGAAUUCAUCAGGAGACUUCCCAGUUUCCAGACCAAAUCAAAAUGAUCAUCCAAAUGCUGACCAUCAAGACCUAGAUGCUAAAAUAAUCCAACCCAAUUUGUCAUCUUCUCACUCAUCAUCAUCAUGCAGUCCAACAUCCACCUCAAGUCUCUCUUCUUCAAGUGGCGAAAAACAGUGUAAUCAGAGUGCUGAACCAAGAAUGAAGCAAGAAGUUAACAUGGAGGAAAAGAUUAUUGACAUUCUUCAUGGAACAAAUGGUCAGAUGGAUUUGCAUCUUCCAACUAAAAGCACACAGUUAUCUCCUAAUAGAUUUCAACAUCCAAAGUCACUCAGUGAGCAUUGUUCUUCUGGAAGUUUGUCUCCUUCAGAUAGUAAUAGAAGCAGUUGGAUCAGAGUAAAAGCCACAUAUGGUGCAGAAAAGGUUAGGAUGCGGCUACAUCCUGCUUGGGGCUUCGAAGACUUGAGACAAGAGAUCUUAAAGCGGUUCAAUAUAGGCAUUGAGCAUUCAGUAAAUCUCAGGUACUUCGAUGAUGAGUCAGAGUGGAUUUUACUAGCAUGUGAUGCGGAUCUUCAGGAAUGCAUCCAUAUCUACAGAUUAUCAGGUGCUCAGACAAUAAAUAUUUCUGUCCAUCCAGUCGCUAGUACUCUGAUCAGAACAUCGUCAUGCGGCACAGGAUUGAGUUCAUGAUUAAGAGCCUCUAAUCUCAACCAAAAUUGGUCUUUCAAAAAUGGAAUUUCAAAGUUAACAUAAUCUUUGCAAUGAUCUAUGGCCAAAAAGAAGGAGCCUGGAUUUUUCAGCAAUUGACUGAGGAACAUGCUAAAGCUGCACGGAGAGACACAAAAAAAAUGUGUGAUAGCCUGAUUAUCGGCCUUGAGUCCAUAGUUUGACGGUACCAGAAUUGCUUGAAAUUGGUAGAAGUUGAGGACGGACUUGGGAUUUGGGACUAAGUUUUUCUUUUGUUGCUCGAGUGUCUACUGAAGCUUGGAGGGUUCGGAGAUCUGUAAGGCCUUGAAGAUGUUAUUUCGAUGCAUCGAGUAUCAGCCCGACGGUGAGUGAUUACCUAAAGGAACUUCGAUCGUGAACAAAGUGAGCUACUUGUAAAAUAGCCACUCAAUGGCUCCUUUGAGUGAUGGAAUAAACAUUUGAUGUUCCUACUGGCAGCAGGCAAGUUAAAGAAAUUGAUGCCACAGAAGCUAUACCAUCAAUCACAACAGUUAUAUCGGCCCCAAGAAGCCUAAAAACAGAUUGACGAAAGCCCCUUGGAAUCAGAACGGUUCCAGAGCUAUAGAAAUCCCAACCGCAAGGCAAUUGGAGCAGUAUUCUUUUGUGAUCAUUAGGUCUCAUGUCAUAGUUUGACCAUUUCGACUUUCAUGUCUCCAUCUUUAAGCCAUAUAUUGAUAGCAUCAUGACUUAAAAGUCUUGAGAUGUUUGACGUGGAAUGCUUAUAUUUCAUUGGAAUGCUUAGAUUACAUUCCAUGCA